AUGGCAGUUCAAGACCUUUCACCCUUGUAUUCGCUGGUAUAUGAGUUGGUAAGCCACGGAAGUGUCUUGUUGGCCAUUAAAACAUAGAUUUUUAAGCUAUGCAUAAUCAUGAUGACCCCCUCUUUUCAGGCCUUCAACAACCUCCGUCAGAAGAUCCCCGAGUUCAAGGAACGCCGCAAACGCAUCUCCAAGCUGAAGAUUCUCCGUGCCGCCAUCAACUACAUCCUCUUCCUGCAACAACGUCUCUAUUCCUCCGAAUAUCUCGAAUAUGAAUAUCAAGAGUUCUAA